CACUUUUUUACUUAGUAUCUGCAGCUCAGAGAUAUUGACAUAAAGGUGGAGAACUUCAUAGUCUGCUCCUGAUAGUAUAUGUUUAAAGUGUUAGAGGGUGUGCAUUUUAAUGUGGCCAUUCUGUUCUAAUAUCCUGUGGUGGAUGAGUAGGUCAACCAAAACGGGGCGCAUUGGGAACUCGCCUCACAGUGUAUUAAUGAACGCUAACAUUGACGAGGGUCAUUUUCCUGUGGGUGGAAUGUAUUAGGUAAUAUACGGUAGAUGUCUGUGAUUUCCAAGACGUAUUGGGGUUUUCCUAAACGUCACCGUUAAAGGGAGGGGAAAUCAUAAUAUACAAAACAAAACCAAAAAAAAAAAAACACAAGCAAUCGCGAAAACGCAAAGAAGACGUGAUCCUAAGAAAAGGACUGUCUGUUUCCCCGAUUCGCCCUGGUGUGGGACCUGUUCUCUGGUAUACCCACGGUUCACUGAUUACUACGGGAGCGCUAGUAAGGGGUCGUCAAGCACAGUGCAGCGCAGGCCACACAGCACACGCUUUCAUUUGGAGAGGAAGACAACAACGCAGGACCAGAAAAGCUGACACGUAUCUCCGUCAUUGAAAACCACCACUACUGAAACAGAAGCUUUCGUUUUUUUGGUUCCUGCUCUAUGAUGUAUUUUUUUAAAUUUCCUGUUAAAGUAAUCCCUGUGGAAACUGGGUCAAUUAUUUGUUAGAUUAAAAAAAAAAAAGUUAUAUUAGCACAUAACCCCCUCUCUUGGAUUUAAACAACCAGGUAUUAAAAUUUGGAGGAAAAUCUUAAAUAAUAUUAAUUGGAUUUAAAAACGUAACAGAAUUUGAAAAUUUGAACUUCCUCGACGUGGAAUGCACUUUGAAGAUUUGGUUCCUUCUAUUAAAAAAGGAUACAAAGUGACCGCCAUGCACUCGUGCAAGGGUUAAAACUGCUCUCCUUUAAACUUCAGCUGGAGUGUACUGUUUGAUGGAACGUUCUUCCAACGCUAAGAACUGUCCCCUCGAAAACCAGACCUAGGAUAUCUUGGUUCCUUGAACAUAGAUAGAAGACAAUCCAGUUGUGCCACAUUAAACACUGCCCCCCUGAAACUGAACAUGGACAGUGUGUGACAAUAAAAACUGCUCCCUCUAUAAAAGAUUCUUUGGUUCCUUGGAUAUAUCUACAGCCUACUUCGCUUACAUCCAACCGAAACUAAACCCUGAAACAUUUCUACUUUACAAAUUGUCCAGUUGCACCACCUCAACAACCAUCCCCACUGGAACUAAACCGGAAAACAUCGGUUCCCACUUUAUAAACUGACGCUCAACCUGAAAAAAACUUCCCCACCCGAAACAAAACCCCAGAACAUUUGGUUCCUACUUUUGCCUAGGUGGGCACUCCAGAAAGCAGCCCCCACUUCAUGUGACGCUCCCCUGGCUGGCGUGAGGGAUGUCAGUGGAGAGAGCACGCAGCAUGGUCCUGGAGCCCAGUGCAGCGGGCGCCGCUCCCGUGACGAGGAGGAGAGAGGAGGCUCUGUGUCAGACUUCCUACAAACUGACACAGCAGCAGCCAGCCAGCCUGCUCACACUGCUUAUCAUCAUGGGCUUCAGCCUGACCCUCGUGGCUGUGUUCUUCAUCUCUCAGAGGCCUGUCUCUGCUCACCUUGGCUUCGUGAUCACUGUGUUCGUUGCACUGGGAGUGUUUGCCCUGCUGUUCGUGCUGGCAUGUGUGGAGCCCGUGUUCCAGUGCUGCCACGGUCUCAUCUCCCUGCUGGUGUGGGGCUGCCUCCUCACCAUGGCCUUCGUCUUCGCAUUCACGGGGGGGGCGGUGCAGGCCUGGGAGCAGGUGGCGUUCUUCCUCUUCAUUACGACCAUCGUGUACACGCUGUUGCCUCUGUGUCUGAAGUCCGCUAUGAUUGGAGGGGUCGUGACCUCGCUGGCACACAUCAUUGUGUUCAGUAUAUACGUGCCAGUGACCAAUCACAGUGAAGAGCACCUGGCACUGCAGCUCCUCUCCAAUGCGGUGGUGUUUAUCUGUGCCAACCUGGUGGGCGUGUACCACAAGACCCUCACUGAGCGCGCUCUGCAGAACACCUGCAAGGACGGCAUCAAUUUCCGCCAAUCACGAAGCAAGCUGGUGAACGAGAAGAAGCAGCAGGAGCACUUGUUGCUGUCAGUUCUCCCUGCCUACAUCGCUUUAGAGAUGAAAGCCGAGAUCAUCGAGCGACUGAAAGACAAACAGCCUCGACUGGAAAACAAAAACAACUUCCACAACCUGUAUGUGAAGCAACACAAGCAUGUCAGUAUCCUGUAUGCAGACAUUGUUGGCUUCACUCAGUUGGCCAGCAUGUGCACACCUAAAGAACUGGUGCUGAUGCUGAACGAACUAUUUGGAAAAUUUGACCAGAUUGCAAAGGAGAAUGAAUGCAUGAGGAUUAAGAUCCUAGGAGACUGUUACUACUGUGUGUCUGGCCUGCCUGUGUCUCUGCCCAGCCACGCUGCAAACUGUGUCCAGAUGGGCCUGGAUAUGUGCCAUUCAAUCAAUCAGCUGCGUGAAGCCACGGGUGUCAGUAUCGACAUGCGUGUGGGCGUGCAUUCCGGUAACGUUCUCAGUGGCGUGAUCGGCUUGCAGAAGUGGCAGUAUGACGUCUGGUCCAAAGACGUGACGCUAGCCAAUCACAUGGAGUCUGGAGGGCUGCCUGGGCGUGUUCAUAUCACAGAAGCCACAUAUUCUCACCUGAAUGGGGUGUAUGAAGUGGAGGAGGGAGAGGGGGAGACGCGAGACAGCUAUUUGACUGGCCUGAAGACCUACCUGGUCAUUGACCCGCGGGCGAGGGAUUUCACUGCAGAGGUCUCUGCUGUGGUCAGUACCAAUGGCCUCUCUCCUGCUCCUCACGAGGGGGUAAGGCAGCAGAGGGCCUCAGUCCGAAUGGCUCGGUACCUGGAGUCCUGGGGGGCGGUCAAGCCCUUCGCUCACCUGCGCCACCGAGAGAGCGUGGAUCUGACCAAACCACCGGACCUCAACGCAGCGGAAAUUCAAAUGCACAACAGGGAAAGCAGGUCUAUAGAAAGCACGCAGUCACAAAGACCAGAAGACCAUAUGAAUCAACGCAUUGAAAGUGUCUAUUCCCACAAGCACUGGCUGAAGUCUGGCGUGAUGAACCCUGUCACUCUCUAUUUUAAAGACAAGUCCAUGGAAAAGGAGUUUCGCUGGGCCCCUCUCCCUGAUUUCCACUUCUACAUGGCAUGCUCCAUCCUCAUCUUCAUUGCGGUCUUCAUCAUCCAGAUGUUCAUCUCCUACAAGAAUGCUGCUCUGGGAAUCUCAUACGGAGUCUCCUUCUUCAUCUUCCUGCUCCUCCUCUUCACCUGCUUCGCUGGACACCUAACGCGAUGGACACAGAAAGGUCCCAUGUUUAUCCAGUGGAUUCCUUCCAUCUCUGCAGCUGUAAUCAAGCAGCCUCUCGUCCGAGUUCCUCUAGCAUGUAUUGCAAUCUUGCUGAUCCUCGUCAUGGCUUUGCUCAACUUUUUUUUUCUUCCUGAGUCAGUUUCAAUGAAUUCGACUGAGAGAAACUCAAACCAUCUGUACACUGUGCCAUAUUAUCUCUACUGCAGUCUCCUCAGUAUGCUGAGCUGCUCCGUCUUCCUGCGCAUGAACUUUGAACUCAAGCUGACCCUGCUGACCCUUGCCCUGGUGGUCUAUGAGGUCAUCUUCCUGUCCAGCCAUGGCUAUCAGUCAGACUAUUAUGUGUCUGAGCUGUAUACAAACUCCAGCAGGCCAGGGGUGUUGAAAGAGCCCAAAGUCAUGGCUGGAAUCUGGCUCUUUGUGUUUUUCUUCACAGUCCUGGUUCUCGCCAGACAGGACGAGUUUUACUCCCGUCUGGACUUCCUGUGGAAGAGGAAGUUUGGUCAGGAGCACGAGGAGAUCGAGACGAUGGAGAAUCUGAACCGGGUUCUUCUGGAGAACAUGCUGCCGGCCCACGUAGCCUCACAGUUCAUCGGACAGAACCGACGCAAUGAGGAUCUGUACAGCCAGUCGUACGAAUGUGUCUGUGUGAUGUUUGCUUCCAUUCCUGAUUUCAAAGUCUUUUACUCGGAAAGCGAUGUGAAUAACGAAGGACUGGAGUGCAUCAGACUUCUCAAUGAAAUCAUUGCCGACUUUGACGAGCUGCUAUCGAAGCCAAAAUUCAGUGGUGUUGAGAAGAUUAAAACUAUCUGCAGUACUUACAUGGCAGCGACUGGACUGAAUACUGUGUCUGUAAAAAAUGAGGACACUGAUCGCUGUUACGCCCACAUUGGUAUAAUGCUAGAAUUUGCCAUUGCUUUGAUGGGCAAACUAGAUUAUAUCAACAAGCACUCCUUCAACGACUUCAAACUGAGAAUAGGUAUUAACCAUGGGCCAGUGAUAGCUGGAGUAAUAGGCGCUCAGAAGCCCCAGUAUGAUAUCUGGGGGAACUCUGUGAAUGUUGCCAGUCGAAUGGACAGCACUGGAGUUCUGGGGAAAAUACAGGUUACAGAAGACACUGCUGACAUCCUGCAGUCUCUGGGAUACUCGUGUUCGCUGCGAGGGGUGAUUCAAGUGAAGGGCAAGGGAGACCUGCAGACAUAUUUUGUAGAGACUGAUGCUGGCAAAACAGCAGGGAGUAUUUUCAACUGAAGACUACUGAGCCUGCAAUUCAGCUACGCUUACAGACUUCCUCUUACCACUUAUUAUUACUAGCAACAUUAUCACUGUAUAGAAAGAAGUAAGUUGUAUUAUUGGAGUGCCUUUUUUAGACCAGACCACAUUUAACUUUUUUUUUUUUUUUAGGAUUUGAUAUUCAAACUGUAAUUGCAAAUAAAGUGCAAUAAAAGUUGUUUCGUUUA